AUGGCCAACAAUUUCAAAAGAACGUUUUAUUUCAUAUUUGGUCCGAAAAUAUCAAAUAAUUUAACGCACUUUGAAAUAUCAAUUAAUGACAGUAUCAUUGAAAGAAUGAAAACAAUAAAAUUUUCAGUUUCGUGGCAGACUGCUUUUUGGAGUUCGCCUUUUGCAAGCUCUGGCUACAAAAAUUGUGACGAACAACAUGAAAAAUGCGAAUAUUUGUGCCACAGCAAAAAAAGUUACGAAACACGCAUGCAAUUUGAUUGGCAAGUUGGCUCAAACGAUGCUGUGUCAUGUUUCGCUCCAUUACAACUACUGCUGCACAGUCACUUGCUUCGAAUGCUGUCCAUCUGA